AAUAAACACAAACUCUCUCUUUUCUUGAAAGUUUCUGAACGUGCAAUGUCAUAUUUUAUUGAGUAAACAUAAGCUUAAGUUUGUGAACGUGUAAACACGAUGAUUAUCAACUAAUUUUACGCGCUCUUAUAUUGUUAUGUAGAGGCCAUUUGCAUAGGCAGGACCCAAGGGCAAAAGUCUUCUUUAACGAUAUUAUUGUGUUCUCAAUAGUCAAAAUUACCAAAAAAAAGAUGUUGAGAGGAAUUUUCAAGUCUGUCUUGGGAGAAUCAAGAACAGAUUGCAACUCUCUUCACCCUCUCAUCGCUGCUUCUUCUCCUUCCUCUUCAUCAUCAUCAUCAUCAACACGUCAAUACAGCUACGACGUCUUCCCAAGUUUCUGUGGACAAGAUGUCCGGAGAAGCUUUCUCAGCCACUUUCUUGAAGGGUUGAAAACCAAUGGAGUAAACACGUUCGUAGACGACGGGAUCAUGAUGAGCGGAUCAAUAAACUCCGAGCUCGUGAGAGCUAUCAGAGAAUCAAGGAUCGCCGUGGUGAUCCUCUCGAAGAACUAUGCCUCCUCGAGUUGGUGUCUACACGAGUUGCAGCUGAUCAUGGAUUGUAGGGCUUCUUUAGGACAAACUGUGAUGACAAUAUUCUACGACGUGGAACCAUCUGAUGUGAGAAAACAGACCGGAGAUUUCGGAAAGGCCUUUGAGGAAACUUGUAAUGGCAGUACAGAGGAAGAGAAGAAGACAUGGAGACAAGCGUUGACUCAAGUUGCCCUUAUCGCUGGGGAACAUGUAACUUCAUGGGCUAGUGAAGCGCAGAUGAUCUCAAAAAUCGUCAAAGAUGUUUCUAACGAGUUGCCAUCAACCGAUUUUGAUCGGUUGGUUGGAGUGGAAGCUCAUGUAGCAAAGCUGAAAUCGAUGAUACGCUUAGAUUCCGACGAGGUGAAGAUGGCGGGCAUUUGGGGCCCUGCAGGUAUUGGCAAAACCACAAUAGCUAAAGCCUUAUACAACCAAGUUUCCAGUAACUUCCAACUCAAGUUUUAUAAGGAGAUCUUUAAGGGAAAGUAUGAGGUGCACAACCUCGAAAGAUAUGAUUUGCAAAAUCGUUUGAAGAAAGAGUUACUAUCUGGAAUUUUAGAUCAUAGGGACAUGAAUAUACCUGACCUAGGUGAGGCAGAAGAGAGGUUAAAGCAUCAGAGAGUCCUACUCAUUCUUGAUGAUGUCUUUCUUCAUGAUCUAAAGGGUUUGAGAGAUGUAAUCCACGGUCUUAGGUAUGGAAGUAAGGUUAUUGUGACCAGUGAAGAUAUAGAUACGUUAAGAGAAUGUGGGAUCCACCAGAACCAGACAUACAGAGUUGCUUUUCCAUCAAGCGAAGAGGCUCUUCAGAUAAUUUCAUACUCUGCAUUUGGACAACGCUUUCCACCAAGAAGUUAUCUGGAGCAUGCAGAUGAAGUAGCUAAGCUUGUCUCUCCAUUUCCACUUGGUCUCAGAGUCAUUGGUUCUUCUUUGCGCGGAAAAAGCAAAGAUGAGUGGAUAACUGCACUGGCUAAGCUCAAAACUUGUCAUGGGGACAAGGAUGUAGAAACAGCCAUUAGAUUUGCCUAUGAAGGGUUAUCUGAUAAACAAAAAACUCUACUUUAUCUAUUGACAGAUUCAAUAAGUUCGGGUGAGAACGUGAACAAUGCCAUAUUCUCACUUUCACAGAGUGAUUGGGAUGCUGAGAAAGGGAUUCAAACUCUAGCUGAUAUAGCUUUCAUCUCUAUAUCCGGAGAAGGAAGAAUUCUGAUGCACUAUUUGGUACGCUUAAUGUCUAUCAAGUUAAGUUUGUAGUUAGAAAAAAUUAAAGGUUAUACUUAAGAUUCUAUCAAAACAGUAUCUGAACACAUUACAGAAAUGAAAGUCUAUGCACUGUGUCAAGUGUUUUCCUUCUUA